AUUGGGCGCUGCCACUGAAAAGAAGAGGGUGUAGGGCUCAGUUGUUUUUCUCCAGCUUCAACGAUAGUUUGCAGACUCUCUUCCCGUCUUGUGUGUAAACUGAUCCGUACAGGCUCUGUGUAUUUUCUUGGGAGAGAGAGAGGGGGAGGAGUGAGAGAAGAUACUCCGUCCCUAUUUUUCUUGGCUGCUGUACCGCGGGCGUUACAGUUCAAAGUGCAGUUUCUUGCCAAUUCAUCAGGGCGGACUUAAACCAAAGGUGUGUUCGUCUUUGAAUCUGAAACGCAUCUGAAUUCAUUCUGUGUUUACGUUUUUUGGGCGUGAAGAAAAAUCUCUUGUCGUGGGGAAAAUGCCAAACUUCCAAACCGUGUCAUAUUUCCCGGGAUUUAGAGCGUCGUUGCUCGCUCGCUCCCUUCGGCAUCUCACAAUGUUUUCUCUCCCGGGGAAGAUCUGAACUUUUACGGACGGUGACAACGUAGACAAUAGGACUUCGUUCGGGUUUUGGUUGUAAAAAGAGAGGAGACGAACCGAUUAGGACAGCGAGUUCGUGUUCAACUACCAAUUCCUGAGAUGGCCAAGGAAGUUGUGCAGAACUUCCCCAACAUCCCAAAUUGAUAUGGAACCUUCAAAAACACAUGGAGCAACUGCGAAAUGAAAUGUCUGAGGAUAUACUAAAAAUGUCUGAGUUCAACAAAGCCAACAACUGCUUCAUGUGUGCCACUGAUAAAGAACCUGGAUGUGGCCCAAAGACUGACUGGAGAUGGCGUGGCGGUGGGUCCUGGCUGCCAUCUUGGCGAUGUCGUCUCUCUCCCUCCUCGGCUCCGCCUACAACGAGUUCACCUCUGACACCCUCAUCAACAACGUAGUCCAGGACCCAAUCACCAGCCGGCUGUAUGUGGGCACGGUCAACGCCCUCUACCAACUGGACCAAUCCCUGCACCCCGAGGCACACACCAGAACAGGACCCGAAUUGGACAACCGCCAGUGUACCCCGCCCGUGACUUCCUGCGAGGAAGCAGUGGAGACAGACAACCAUAACAAACUGCUCCUCAUUCAUCCAUCCAAAGACACCUUGAUAGUGUGUGGGAGUCUGUACAGAGGAAUCUGUUCUCUGAGGAACCUGUCUAAUGUAGAGCAGCUGCUGUACUUCAGCGAUAGUAACGGAGAGAAGUCGUACGUGGCCAGUGCUGAGGAGAGUGUGUCAGUAGUAGGGGUCAUGUCUUACUACUUCAGCAAGGACAAGGAGAACUUCACCGUCUUCCUGGUGGCUAAGGGCUAUGGCAGCCAUGACAGCACCAAGCUGAUCAGCACCCGUAUCCUCCAGGUCCAUCAUGACUGGGUGUUGUUCGACAGCAUCAUCGAGGCCUCGGCCGUCCAAUCCAACCCCUUCACACUGCGCUACCUCCAUGACUUCAGACACGUCUUCAAGGACGAGGGCUUUGUCUACUUCCUGUUCUCCAGAACCCUGGGCGCCCAGGAUUCAGGAACCAAGAACUUCACCUUUAUCUCCAGGAUGUGUGAGAACGACCACAACUACUACUCGUACACAGAGCUCCAGCUGAACUGCAGCGCGGGGAACAAGUACAACAAGGUCCAGGCAGCCUACGUGGCCCUCCCAGGAGAGGCCCUGGCCAGGAAUAUGAGCUCCUCUGGCCGGUACGGACCGGUUGGAGCCCAGGAUAAGGUUGUGUUUGUGGUGUUCAGCUCGGACGACGACAGCUCCAGCUCGGCAGUGUGUAUGUACCCACUGAGGGCCAUCAACCAGAGACUGGUGGAGAUCAUAGGAGCCUGCUACAGCACCAAGGGACAAAUAAACAAGACGUCUGCCGUCUACUCCCCGUACUCCUCCAAGUCAGACGAGCUGUGUAAAAUUGAAAAUGAGAAGGGCAUGGUGACCAAACAAAAGUGUGGUGCUGAGCUCCUGCCCUCCCCGCUGGCCAGCAGGGCAGAGUUCGCCCUGGCAACCGACCCCGUUUUCACCAAGAAGGGCCUGAUGACCGCUGUGGCCGUCGCUGUGGAAACGGAGCACGCCGUUGCCUUCCUGGGGACCACUUUAGGAGAGGUGUUGAAGCUGCACCUGUCGACCAGUCCAGAGGUGUACGGCCGCGCCCCUGGGGAGAACACCGGGGACAAGGUCAACAAGAACCUGCUGUUUGACACCAGCCUCACACACCUCUACAUCACCACAGAGAAGAAGAUCACCAAGGUGCCAGUGCAGGCGUGCCACCUGAAGACAGACUGCCAGUCCUGCGUGGCACAGAAAGACCCCUACUGUGGCUGGUGUGUGCUGCAGGGCAAGUGUACCAGGAAGGGAGACUGUCCCAGGGCUGAGGAUGACAACACGUGGCUGUGGAGCCCCAACCAGCAGUGUGUUCAGAUCCAGGCCUUUAAACCACCCAGCUUCAGCUGUAGGAAGACCAAGCAGGUUGAAAUCGCCAUCCCCUCCCUCCCCAAGAUCGGCCCUUCUGACAUUAUCGAGUGCAGGUUUGGUUCAGACACUAGUGAAGCUGUGGUGAUGGACCAGAAGGUCACCUGUGCCCUCCCUGACCCUGUGAACAUCCCCUCUACACAUGACAAGCAGGACUUUGUGACGGUGCAGGUGAAGAUCCUGGUCAACCACGGCAUCGAGGUGACGUCCAGUGAAUACAAGUUCUACAACUGUGCCGCCACCGUCAGGAAGUCAGAGAACACUCCGUGUAUAGCAUGUGUGACCAGUGAGUGGCAGUGCCAGUGGAAUGCCGAGGACCACACCUGCAGUGACAUAGAUGAUGCUGUAGACGGAGCUCACAUCGUCAAAACCCAACAAGCUGAUAGCUGUCCUCAGUUUGAGAACCCAGACCCUCAUCUCAUCCCUGUAGGCUACCGCAUCCCCAUCAGCUUCCAAGGGAAGAACCUGGACAUUUACAAGGAUCACAUGUUUAAGAUUGGCACGGAGCUCAUGAAACACACAGAGGAAGAGUUCACCUUUAAUGAGGGGUUAAAGUUCAACUUCAAGGGUUAUGAGUUUGCCUACGACAAGGAGCAGGAGGUCAAUGUGUCCUUCCACAUCAAAGACAGAGACUCAGAGAAGAAGAUUGACAGCACUCUGACUGUGGUGCUGUAUAACUGUUCUCUGGGUCGUGAGGACUGCAGCCUGUGUAUGAACGCCGACCCCAAAUACAGCUGUGUGUGGUGUGCCGACAUGAGGUCCUGUGUGUACAGAGAAUUGUGCAGGUCCCAGGAACCAGCGCAGUGCCCCGACCCCAAGAUCACUGACAUCAUCCCUAGUUUUGGGCCUCUGAACGGUGGGAUAAUGGUGACCAUUAAAGGGUCUAACCUGGGCAUAAAGGAGGAGGACAUUAAGAAGGUGACGGUGGCUGGAGUGGACUGUGUUCACCAGGGGGACAGAUACUCUGUCUCCACCAGUGUUGUGUGUGAGAUCGGUCCGGUCCGGCCUCCUGCUUCAGUGGACCUCCCAGGUCCCAUCAACCAGGGGGUAGUGGAGGUGGAGGUGGAGGGGGGCAGGAGAGGACGGUCAGAGGUCCUCUUCACCUAUAGGGACCCCAUCCCUGAGACAGUUUCCCCCCUGAAGGGUCCUGCGGCCGGGGGAACAGUCAUCACUAUCUCUGGGAAACACCUGGAUACAGCAAAGAAGGAUGAUGUCAUUGUCACCGUGGGGGGAACGCCCUGUGAAGUGUUGUCGUUUGGCAGUGAGAUCACCUGUGAGACAGGUGUAUACAAGGGACAAAAGGUUCCAUCGGAGCUCCUGAGAGUCUCAGUGAAGUAUGGGAAGAGCACCACCAAGGACGUCCCUGACUCCUUCACCUUCCAGUACUCCGAGAACCCCAAACUCACGGACUACAGCCCCAAGACCAGCUUCGUAUGUGGAGGCAGGAGGAUCGUGUGUGUGGGCAGUGGUUUUGACCUCAUCCAGAGAGCCACCAUGAAGGUGCUGCCCUCUACUGAUGACGUCUCUCAGUCCCCUCCCAUUGAGUUCAUCCAGUCUGCCGUACAUAAGAACGACACAGUGCUGCUGUUUGACAGUCCAGCGGUGAACAGGUCCUCUGAGACCCAGUCCUUUAGAACCUUCCUCCAGCUAGACAACGUGGUAGAGGAACUGAAUUUCUUUGAGUACCACGCCGACCCAUUCUUCAAUGAACUGACCAAGAACAUCAUCACUGAAAUCAUCCUCAUCGUCACGGGUCGUGGGUUCAGCAAGGCCAUGACAGCUGAAGAAGCCCAGGCGUUCGUAGGAGAUGCCUUCUGUAAGGUGACCAUCCUGCAGGAUGACAAGCUGUUCCUGGAAGCUCCGUCCACCCAGCCCAGAGCCCGCUCCAAACGCCAGCGCAGAGACACCAGCUCCGACCCUCUGGACCUAACGAUAAAGUUUGGUAAUGGCGAGUGGGUGGUGGGCUCAGUGAACUAUGGGAGGAAGUAUGAGGUUCCUUUGGCUAUCAUCAUCCCAGCUAUCAUCGUCCCUAUGCUACUCUUCCUAGCUGUGUCCGUCUACUGCUACAGGAGGAAGCGCAAGCGGGCAGAGAGAGAGUAUGAGAAAGUAAAAAUCAAGUUGGAGAAUCUGCAGGAGAGCGUGGGAGACCGCUGGAAGGUGGAACUCACAGUGUGUGAGCCUACAUGUCAGCCCUGACGAAGGAAGCGAACAUGCCGUCUUCGUUCUCCAGAAGGGUCUCUGGUUUGUCGAUCUCCAAGAUGUUCCCUCGCUUCAUCACGAUCACCAGGUCAGCUUCCAGGAUGGUGUGGACACGAUGCUGCAUGAAGAACACACACACAGACGCACGCACACAGACAUUACAUUUGACUGAGUGUUGAAUUACACAAACAAAGAGGAAGGGAUUGUCACGUUCCUGACCUGUUUUCUGUUAGUUUUUGUAUGUGUUAGUUGGUCAGGACGUGAGUUUGGGUGGGCAGUCUAUGUUUUCUGUUUUUAUGUUGGUUUAAAGGGUGACCUGAUAUGGCUCUCAAUUAGAGGCAGGUGGUUUUCAUUUCCUCUGAUUGAGAGUCAUAUUAAGGUAGGUGUUUUCACACUGUUUGUUGUGGGUGGUUGUCUUCUGUGUCUGUGUAUGUUGCGCCACACAGGACUGUUUCGGUAUGUUUGUUUGUUCGGUUUUUGUGUUGUCUGUUUUCCCUGUUCGUGCGUUCUUCGUGUUACAUGUAAGUUCUUACGUUCAGGUCAGUCUACGUUCUUUUGUUAUUUUGUAAUCCUUCCAAGUGUUUGUUUUCGUGUUUCGUCGUUUGCUUUAAUAAAUCAUUAUGUAUUCACAA